GAAAUAAGAGCCUGAGGGAGCGGCAUUGUGUUGGGGGCCAAGAUGUUGGUGUUAGUGUUGGGAGACCUUCAUAUCCCUCACCGCUGCAACAGUUUGCCAGCAAAGUUCAAAAAACUUCUGGUUCCAGGGAAGAUCCAACACAUUCUCUGCACUGGAAACCACUGCACAAAGGAGAGUUAUGACUAUCUCAAGACCCUGGCUGGUGAUGUUCAUGUGGUUAGAGGGGACUUUGAUGAGAACUUGAACUACCCUGAACAGAAAGUUGUCACUGUCGGGCAGUUUAAGAUUGGCCUGAUCCACGGCCAGCAAGUGAUCCCAUGGGGAGACGUGGCCAGCCUGGCGCUGCUCCAGAGACAGUUUGAUGUGGACAUCCUGAUUUCUGGGCACACACACAAAUUUGAGGCCUUUGAGCAUGAAAACAAGUUCUAUAUCAAUCCUGGAUCAGCAACAGGAGUGUACAGUGCUUUGGAAAACAACAUCAUACCUUCUUUUGUACCGAUGGAUAUCCAAGCUUCCACCAUCAUGACCUAUGUUUAUCAGCUAAUUGGCGACAACGUCAAGGUAGAAAGAAUUGAGUACAAGAAAUCUUAAAGGACGUCCCUCGACCUGCCUAUUCCUUGGCCUCUUUUUCCUUUUUACCCCAGUAUGCAUCUGAAGGUCCACAGAGUUUGCGAUAUUUGCAUUUGAAAUGAUUUGUCUUCCUUUGUCAAAAAUAUGUAAGUACUGAUUUCUUGAAUGCUAACAAAAACCUGCUUUCGCGUGAUUCUUUUCUUUGCCUAAGUCCUGCUUGUAAAUACGUGUUCAGGGUGCACAGAGAAGCUAUGUGUUCACAUGGAUCAUUCCAAAUCGUAUAAAGACUUCAACUCCCAGAAAUCCUAGCCAGCUUACCAACUGUUACGAACUGUUGGAGCUGAAGUUCAAAACAUCUGGAGACCAAAGGUUGGGAAUCACUGAUUUAGAGAAAUAUCCAUAUUAGCCAACCCUGGAGUAGGUCAUUUAAAGUUCGGACUAAAACCAGGAACGGAUGUAGAGGUCUACCCAUAGUAGCCAAGCUGAGAGUAGCUCUUUUAAGAUGCAGACUAAAACACAGAACGGAUGUAGGAGUAUCCGACAGGCUCCUACCCUGAUGGGUUUUAGAAGGGCCGUGAAAACAUAGUUAUGUGCCCAAGCUUUUAAUGAGUAAAUGAUAAAGUUGACAUGGCCUGAUUUAAGGAUGAAGCAUGAGGAUCUCGGACAAAUGGAAUGGAAUUAAUUAUAUAUAUGUUUUUAAGGUUUUUAUAAUGUAUUUUAACAAUGUUAUUAAUGGAUUUAUUUGUAUUGUUUUGCUUUUAUGAUUGCAUUUUUGGGCAUUAAAUUUUGCUAAUUUCUGUAAUCCGCCCUGAGUUGUCUGCCUACGUAACAAUAGACCCACUGAUUCGCCUUCUCAUUAUUAUUCUUAGCACUUUAUUGACUAUGUCAGCUGUGUAACUACCUCUCCCUGACUUUGACACAUUUUGCACUUUGGCCCAGAUCUGUGUAUUAAUUUCCUGUUUUAACGCUUUAUUUUGUAUGGUGACCUUUUAUGGCUGUUUUUAUUGAUGCUGAUGUUUUAUUGUUGUGUAAUUUGUUUUAUUGUUUUGUUUUUGCUUCUAUAUUGCUGUGUCUGGGCAAGGCCCCAUGUAAGCCGCCCCGAGUUCCUUCGGGGAGAUG